AUUCGCCCUUUCUGAUCAUCCUUUAUAAGGGAAUUUCCACUCGGUGGUGUAGGCCCUCUUGUGCCUUUUCCUCUCAAUCAUUCAUCCCUUCCCUAAUCUCAAUAAACAUACAUUUCUCCACCUUUACUGGACGACGACGGACGCCAACCGCAUCACUUGGUUGCUCCAUCUUCCUUAGCUGAUAUUUCCCCAUGUCUUCUAGUAAUUGUUAUUCAUCUCUUUAUCCUUUUCCUAUUGACCUCAACGAAGAGGUAUAUAAUGAUCAGCAGCAGUUCCAUGAUCUAGAAGAGCUUCAGGAAAAAAUAUUUGUUCCGCGAGAUGGACCAUUGAAGACUGAUUGUGAGCUCAAGUUAUCAAUAUGGAAAGAAGAAGAAGAAAGGGUUGAAACUCAUCAAAGUCAUGAGAAUAAUAGUUCUGCGAACUGGAUGCCUUCGAAGAUGAGGAUCCUAAGGAAGAUGAUGAACUCGGAUCAUGUCAAUCUAUCGAAUAAUUGUGAGCUGAAAUCCAAAGAUCAACACAAGCAGCAGCAGCCAUCAUCAUCUACGGAUCACAGCGGCAACUCUUAUAAUAACAACAACAGCACAAUUAGGGUUUGUGCUGAUUGCAACACAACUAAGACUCCUCUUUGGAGGAGUGGACCUCGAGGCCCCAAGUCCCUUUGCAACGCCUGUGGAAUUAGACAAAGAAAAGCGAGAAGAGCUAUGGCUGCUGCUGCUACGGCAGCGGCAACUGGCAGCACUGCUGUUGAGAGAACGAAGAGUAAGGUUCAACAUAAGACAAAGAGGUCAAACGACGAUUGUGUUCCACAUUUCAAGAAUAAAAAGUGCAAACUUAAUCCUCAAUCCCAAAGCAGAAAGAAACUGUGUUUCGAGGAUUUAAGGAUAAUCUUGAGCAAGAAUUCAGCUUUUCAUCGAGUUUUUCCUCAGGCUGAGAAAGAAGCCGCGAUCCUGCUGAUGGCCUUAUCGUAUGGACUUGUUCAUGGUUGAAAAUUCACCCCACCAGCUGGUCUUAUUUAUAUUGUUGUUUUCUUAGGUUUUAGUAACGAUGGAGUGUACUGUGUACUAGAUAGCUAGAUCAUAGAUGUCUCAAUUGUAAGAGUGAGUGAGAAAAUUAAGGUGUAGUGAAUGAGCGUGAGGAAAACAUUAUUAGAGCUUGAUCAGGUGGAUUUGAACAAGCUGAUAACCAAAAU